CAUGAAAUAUUAAUAGCAAUACUACAAAAUAAUUCCAGUGAAGAAAACCGAGAUCCACCUAAUAUAAAAAAAAGGGUAGUAGUUGAACGUGUUAAGCAAUUAAUGAUGUCACAGAUAAAUGCCAGACCUAUAAUCUCUAA